ACCAUUCAUGUUGCCGGGCAGAAAGUACGCCGGGUGUGCAAUCGUUGCUAGAAAAUGAGUGAAAUGCUGCAAAAUGGUUCGGCUAACGACGCGCUGACCGAGUGUUACGAUCCGGUUGCUAUUCUGCUGAGUAGCGUAAAUCACGAUACUGAAAAUCUCACCGAAGUAUUGCGACAAUGCGAGGUCAAGUACAACCAACUCAGUGGGCUGGUGGAGGAAGAUUUGCGACAGAUGGGCUUGACCAACAGUCAGGCAAUACAGGAAAUUUUGUCUGAAAUAUCCACCCUGUCCAAUCAGCAGAGGCUUUACGAUAGUGUGCUGCGGAACGAGUUCCAACCGCAAGAAUACACACAAACAGUUUGCAGUAACACUUUGAACCACAUGGAAGCGAUGAGUUGUAUGAUUCGGCUAAUACAGCUUAAAACAAAAGCAUCCUUUCCGCAUAAUAUGCUGUUAGAUGAUCGGUUUUAUGCAUCAGAGUUUUGCCUACAGCUGACCGAUAAGAUAAAGCAAAAGCUGGACGACAUUCAUUCCUGCCUUAACCAAACACCAAAGUCACGAUCAUUGAAACGGAAAAUAAGCCUACCGUUAGUGUUAAUAUCCGGUGCUGUAUUGCUAGCGCUUGUUUAUAAGAAAGCUAUAUCAAUUUUUUAAGAGCGGUUCUUUAUGUUACCUCUAUAGUGUCUUCAAUCAGGAUGGGCGCCAAGCGUUGUCGGCAUUUCUUGUUUUGAGAAUACAAUUAAAGCCAUAAAACUUGUUG